UCUUCUACUUCACUCUAUAAUGUAUUGUGUGCGUGUUACAUCAAUAUCAUGUCCGCUCGGCUCGUUUGUUGAAUUAAAUUAUUAGCAUCUCUUCAAGUUCGUUAGUUGAUCAACUUUCUUUCAACGGAAUGCCACGAAAAUGAGCCUCAAAAUCGACAUCGACAUCUGCCGGGUUUGCUGCAAGGCGGAAGCCGGCCACUGCAUCUACGGGUUCGCCAAAAAGUUCCAGUUUUGCACCACCUUGGAGGUGGCCCGAGGAGAUGGUCUUCCGGGAAAGUUAUGUGACCAAUGUCUUCAGAAGAUGCAAGCGGCCGUCGAGUUUAAGAGGAAGGCCGAAGCAACGGAUCGACAGUUGCGAUCCUUUAUUUCCAAAAUCAAUCAACAGUUCAAAUUGGCUAUAGAGGAAGGUAGUGAGGCCGGAAGUGAAGAUGAAAGUCCUGAAGCUAUCCUUGGAGAGGGUGGAAGUGGUGAGCAGAAUGUACAAAAUACUGUAGAUGAGAAAUCAGUCGCCAGUAGCCAUAAACCUGUGGUUGACACGGUUUCUAGUCAAGAAAACCCAAAAACUAUGGUUAGCGAAAGGAUAUCACUAGAAGGUUCGGAGGUUGAACAACCUCAGGUGAACACUAAUAGAUCCUCGACAACCAGCAUACAAAAAGUCGAACCGGUUGUGGAACAACAGGUCGAGUACAAGGCCGUAAAGGUUAUCAAAGUUCAGCCGUCUCCGGUAAAAAUCGAACAGCAGGAUUAUGUCUCUGUUGAUGGAGAAGAAUACAUAGAUGAAGAUGUUCAGCAAACGGUGGAGGUAGACGACCAAGAGGACGAAGAAGUGGAGGAAGAGCUAUACCCACUGGACCCAAACCAAGAUGGAUCAUUUGAAGAGACGGUCCCCCCUCAAGAAAUGGAACCGGAACAGGUCAUCUACAUAACCAUGCAGAACUACCCGAGCGUAAUCCAUGAGGUAAACGACGAAGGAUCGGUUGAGGUCAUCGUGGAUGGACCCCCUGAAUGCGACACCAGCAUCGACGAAUCCGGCCCUCCGGUGCCAAAGAAGAGGAAAGUCGCUCGGAAGGCCCCGUCAUCGCACAGCAUCAGCAGCACCGAGCGAUCCGGCGACGGAAAGUUCCCCUGCAACCGGUGCGAAAAGUCAUUCUCUACCAAAACCAACCUUAAUCGGCACCUGGCGUCUCACGAUGGCCGAAAACCGUACACCUGCGAAAUCUGUCAAAAGGGUUUCACCCAGAGCGGUUCCCUAAAACAGCACAUGAUGAUCCACGACCAAAUAAGACCCUACGUCUGUGAGGUGUGCGACUACGCAUUCACCCAGCCCAAAUCCCUGAAGUUUCACAUGCUGACGCACACCAACGAAAAGCCGUUCACCUGUGAUCAUUGUGGGGUUCCAUUCCGGCAGCGGGACAGCCUGAAGCGGCACGUCAUGACCCGACAUGGGAACCUUUCCACAAAGGAUCGGAAAAUGUUCCGUUGCGAGCUGUGCGAUAAAGCUUUCACCACCAAAUUUGCGCUCAAGUCGCACACCAAAAAACAUGAAACCCACGAAGGGGUGGAAGAGGAGGAGGAAAAUUGUGGUCAUAUUUAUGAAACGACUUAGGGGAUGGUACCUAAAUCCAGUAAAGUGUGUUUGAUGUUUGUGUUUAAAUUG